AUGGCCAACCCAAGCGACCCACCACUGGACGAGAUCCAAUGGCGCGCGCCCGAGAUCGCGGCCACAAUGCAGGGCAUCCACUCCAACAGCGUGCUCUUCUACUUUGCCGAGUCGCCCUUUUUCGACCGCCAGUCCAACAACGCCGUCAUCACAAACCAGGCCAUGUUCAACCCGGCCCUCCUCAAGAACCUGGCCACGCGCGAGGCCUUUGAGAGCGAGCUCGAUAAGAUGGCCGGGCUCGAGUUCAGGGUCCUGCACGCGCCGGCGGACAUGGUCAUGGGCACCGGCGUGUGGACAAUUGUGAAGCAGACGAGGCAGAAAAAUAUCGACCGUGGCCGGAUGGAGACGAAGCCUCUUGCAUAUUACUUUGUUGUCGGGGAGAAUAUUUAUCAGGCGCCGACCCUGGGCGACCUUCUCAGUUCAAGGAUUGUAGGUCUCACGCACCAGUCCCUCUCUCUGGGCAGGGAUGAAACCCCUGUUGAUCACCAAUGGAGUCUAACACGGCACCAGGAAUCGAUUGCCGAAUCGAUGCGAAAGGUUCUCCCCGCGGCCGACAGCGUACGGAGGUGGACACCCUCCCUGGGCCACGUCUACACCCAACCGACGCCCCCCUCGGCCCUCGCUCGCGCGACGGCAUCGAAAGAUGGCGGAGCGGCAGAUACGCCCGCGGCCGAAGGCGCAAUGAACGGCAAGGCCUCAGCGGUCGCCAAAUCGACCAGCAAAAAGGACACGACGGCAAAUGCGCUGGACAGGCUAGCGGAGGAGUCCUUUGCGAUCCACAUGCGCCACGGCGGCGACUACUUUGACGAGAACCCGAUCACGGGCAGGCCCGGUGACUUCCACUUUGCGAGCACGGGGCGCAAGGACAAGAUUGCGCCGCCGCCGCCACCGCAGCCUUCGCAGGCGCAGCCGAAGCCGGUUAUCAAUACCAAGCUGGCCGAGGAGGCGAAGAAGGAGGGGAAGGAGAGCAAGAGUCCCAAGACGCCCAAUGGGCCGAAGCCGAAGAGGAAGAAGAGCAAGAUUGCGACGCCGGCCACAACCCCCGGCCCGUCUUCGUGA